UCUAUGUACCCGUCUGUAUAUAUACUAAACCGGAAUAAAAGCCCUCGUGUAAAGAUAUGCAAAAUACAUAUUUUGGUAUAUUUAAAUACUUGUCCCGAGACUCUACCGAGUCUCUUGAUAUAUCCAUCUUUAUAUAUUCAAAAUCUGUAGUAUAUAAAAGACAUAUCUAAAUUUAAAUUCGAACAAUUAACCCGCCCUUUCUCAGGCUUUCAAGUAUAACCAAAAACGACUCACGUAGUGUUUAUUAAUUUUGUUCGCCCUCUAUCGUGCGAGUAGCACUUUUCUGCUCUCGAAUCGCGAUAUAUAUUCAUUGUUCUUUUUUCCCCUCAUCUCUUUGAACCUUCGUUAUAUAUACUCGCUCAACAUUUUUCACGUGUUCGCACGCAGUGAUUUAUAUUUUUAUACAUAUUUAUUGCGUUAUUCUACAUUCGCCAUAUGUGUGCUCGUGUUUUUGGAUAAAACGACGAUAAAAAUUCCUUUCAUUUUGUAUCUUUCGAUUAACAAUUUUUCUCACACGUCGUGUGUGUUACCAUUAUCGAGUUAAUUAUAAUGGCUCAGUGCACUGCCAUCCAAGUAGCAGAGUGGAUUGUGAUGUUCCACCAACAUCGCGUGUUGUGCCGAAGCCCAUUGCAAAGCAUACACUGCCCACAACACUCUGAAUUCUUUGUCGAGGACUUGGUUGACAAAACUUUUUUUAUUUGUGGAAUUGUUCAAAAAACAUUGAUGCCACAUCGCUGUUGGAAACUUAAAGAAACGUAUCGCUCCCAGUUUAAAGAACUCGCACAACAAUUCGGCAUACAGGAAGUGUCUUGCAAUGUCAUCCCUAACAAAGGCCUUUUCGUGCUCAUUUCAAAGCAAAGCAAAACGGAUCCAAUUCCCGAUUCUCUUUCAUACCAACCACCGUUAGCAAUAGCGUUCAAAGAGAUGACGAAUGUUUCCAAUGAAAAUGUUAUCACGAUUCUGCCUGCUGUGUCAGAAGCCAAGUCGACCCAGAAAGAAACUCUCGGGGACGAGAUUUCCUCCAUUGGGCAGCGUGUCAACCGGUUGGAGGUGACGAACAACGAGUCAUAUUGUUCCUCAUUCGAGACAAAAUCUUCGGCCCAAGAAGUUGAUUCGACGACUUGCGAUCAGAAAUUCACAAAAUAUGUACUGCCCGCAGGCCCUGCAUCAUAUCGAAUAAAAGCGAGGUGCCGUGACUUCUUGUACAUGAGCAAGAGCUGUACGGCUUUCAAGUCGGAGCUCCGAAAAUAUCUCCUCAAAAGCGGGUGCAAAAUUGUCGAUGACAAUUUUCAGGAAGUUUUGCUGUUCAACCCUGACAAGAUCAUUGCUGCUUUGUUCGAAGUGAUCAGUGGCCCUAAAACUUCGGAAAUAGAAACGUUCUUUGCCGAUUGCUUUGCUCGGCCAAGUGUUCGACCGGAAUUUCGGAAAUGCUGCUUCAACUGUUUAAAAUCAGAUCACUACAGACGCAGCUGUCUGUUACCACCUCGUCCAUAUCGAUACUGUUUUAAUUGCGGCAAAAGAGAUGUUUCACUUCGGAAUUGUCCUACUUGCGCUGUGUGGUUUUUCUCCGUCAACCAAUACCGUGUUCCUCCGAACGAAACUUUCGAUCCAGCCAUCGCGCUGAUUCACUACUUUCAAUGGUCCGAAUUGAAUUAGGACCAGAAAAAAACAUCGAUGGGAACGCAACGAUAACAUUAAUUUUUUGAUACGAAUUUUUCUACGGCUGACCAUUUUUCAUUGAACCGCUUAUGCUUUCUAAACCGUUGAAAUUAUCAACUUUUUUUUCAUACAAUCUUUUCUUUGAAAUUGUCGAAAACAUUUCCGGUGAGUUUUCACAAUAUAUUCAUAUUCUCAGUUUCGGUUUUUGGAUCAGUUAUGCGAUUAUUACUUCUUUCUUUCAGCUGACUUGGCCAGUUAUUUUUCACAAUUUAUUUUCGCAUUUGGCUCUAGUUUUAGUUCGGUUAUGCUGUAUACGAUGUCGCUAAAAAAACAAUUAUUUAAUUAUUUUUAAUUACUUUCCGUUGCUCAACGAAAGCAAUGUUGCGCUUUUGCCAUUCCAAUGUUUCUUUUGCCCAUACUUUUUUUAACUAUUGUCUGCGACUCGACGUGUUUCAAAAUAGUUGCUGCUUUUUUUUUGUAUUUAUUAUUUGUUCAAAAAUUUUCGUGCUACAAGCGUUUCCAAAUACAUAUACCCUUUCUUUUUUGAAAUUGUUUGAGUUAAAAAUUCAAUUUAUGCGUUAUAAUAUGCUGAAUUUAAACAUUGCUUAUGUUUGUUGACAUUCACACGUUUGUUGAAAUUGCUUCUCAAUUUUCUUAAGGUUAUUGAAGAUUUCGUAAAACUUCAUAAUAAAACACAGCAAUAAUUGUUAUGAUGAACAUUUCUUAUUAUCUAUAAAACAUUUUCGUCCGUGUAUACCCACUUAUUUAUACGAACACUUGUUUCCUAUUCGGAGGCAAAACGAUAUGAAAUAAAGUGUAAUAGCGGAA